GGUCACACUGCUAUUUUAAUAGAAUAGAUACCCACCCACAAUAUUCUCCCUUGCCAAAACCACCAUUCCCUACCACCUCGUAGUAGCUUAACUGGUUACUCUCUCUUUUCUCUCUCUCUGGUUUUUGAAAUUUGAUUACAAACUCCAUCCAUGGUCAAACUCUUUUGAUCCUAUAAAAGUGGCUCGCCUUUGUCUUUGAUCUCCACAUUCAUAUCAUUCAUUAACCUUCUUCUUUCGUAUAGAUCUUCUUUUUUUUUUUAAAGAAAGGGUUAUUAUAGUUUUUAUUCCAGUUUCGUGCGUCGGUAUGAGCACUGUGGAGAGCAGCAAGCCGAAGAUCAUAACUGGUUCUUGUGGUUAUGUUCUUGAAGACGUUCCCCAUCUCUCCGAUUACCUUCCCGGUCUUCCUACUUAUCAUAAUCCAUUGCAAGACAAUCCAGCUUACUCUGUGGUUAAGCAAUACUUUGUUGAUGCUGAUGACACUGUCCCUCAGAAGAUCGUUGUUCACAAGGAUGGUCCAAGGGGCAUUCACUUUAGACGAGCCGGGCCACGUCAAAAGGUCUACUUCGAAUCUGAUGAAGUCCAUGCUUGCAUUGUUACCUGUGGGGGUCUUUGUCCCGGCCUUAAUACCGUGAUUAGGGAAAUCGUGAGCAGUCUCUCUUACAUGUAUGGAGUGAAGAGAAUAUUGGGAAUAGAUGUAAGUUUUCAUCUAGACACAUUCACGCUCUUGUUUGUCUCAUUUUCUCUAAGAUUGAAUCUUUUUUUUCAGGGUGGAUAUAGAGGCUUCUAUGCUAGGAACACUGUCUCCUUGGACUCCAAAGUCGUUAAUGAUAUCCAUAAGCGAGGAGGGACCAUCCUUGGGACCUCACGAGGUGGUCAUGAUACUACAAAGAUCGUUGACAGCAUUCAAGACCGAGGAAUCAAUCAGGUUUACAUUAUAGGUGGAGAUGGAACACAGCGAGGCGCAUCCGUUAUAUUUGAGGAAGUUAGAAGACGUGGCCUGAAAGUUGCAGUUGUUGGAAUCCCAAAAACAAUCGAUAAUGACAUACCUGUGAUAGACAAAUCUUUUGGGUUUGACACAGCUGUAGAAGAAGCUCAACGAGCUAUCAACGCAGCACAUGUGGAAGCCGAGAGUAUAGAGAACGGUAUUGGUGUUGUCAAGCUUAUGGGUCGCUACAGCGGGUUCAUAGCGAUGUACGCUACUCUAGCGAGCAGAGAUGUGGACUGUUGUUUGAUUCCGGAGUCACCAUUUUACUUGGAAGGAGAAGGCGGACUGUUUGCGUACAUAGAGAAACGGCUCAAGGAGAGCGGUCACAUGGUGCUUGUGAUUGCAGAAGGUGCAGGGCAAGAUCUUAUGUCAAAGAGCAUGGAGUCUAUGACUCUCAAAGAUGCUUCUGGUAACAAACUUCUUAACGAUGUUGGUCUUUGGCUUUCACAAAGCAUCAAGGAUCAUUUUAAUCAGAAGAAGAUGGUGAUGAACCUUAAGUACAUUGAUCCAACGUACAUGAUUCGUGCUGUUCCUAGCAAUGCGUCAGACAAUGUUUAUUGUACGCUUCUGGCUCAGAGCGCAGUUCACGGUGCGAUGGCUGGAUACACUGGCUACGUCAGUGGUCUAGUGAAUGGAAGACAAACCUACAUUCCCUUCUACAGAAUAACGGAGAAACAGAACCAUGUGGUGAUCACAGACAGGAUGUGGGCGAGGCUGCUGUCGUCCACAAACCAGCCGAGUUUCUUGAGCCCCAAAGAUGUGUCUGAUGAUAAAGAGAAGCCCAUGUCGGCCCUCCUGGACGAUGGCAACUGCAACGGGCCAGUCGAUGUUCCUCCUCCAGUCACCAAAGAGAUCACCAAGUGACACUUAGUCGAAGAACAUGAUGAUGAUGUCCUAUAUGUUUUAGGUAGUAGUUGAGCGAAAUAAUUGUGUGUUUACGGUUAUGUCUGUAGUUUUCAACUUCUCCAUGCUACUUCUAUCAAUCUUCUAUUAAUCAAUUGACAAUCUUUAAAAAUCUUCAACAAAACACGUGUGCUUAUAUAUUGCUACAAAGCUCUUAACUUUC